UCUGAUGUCAUACUUCCGCUUCAUCCAGGAAGCUAACGGAGUCGAUGGUAGUAGCUCUUGUCCAGAAUCUAGUCUGCAGUCAACCUUAGAAAGCUGCGAUGGAAGAAGCCCAAGUUUACGCCAAAGUUCCUCCAGAUCUAGUGAGGCAUCUAGGUGUUGAGCCUCACAACAUCCCUAAAGCUGCAAAGUUUACUGAAGCCCAUCUGAAGCAGUGCACUCAGCAGCCAAGCCGGCUGGAUGUGAAGAGCAUGCUGACUCAUAAGGCUGUGCUGCUAGGCUACAGUCAGCCCAAGAGAGACACAACCAGAAACAGGAAGAAAGCCAAAGGACUCAACGCGCGACAGAAGAGAAUGAUGAAGGUAUUCCACAUCAAGCCUGAUCACCAGAGGUAUGAGCUUUUCCUGCCGCUACACCAGCUAUGGAGACAAUAUGUUCUGGACCUGUGUGGUGGACUCAAACCGACAGCGAAUCCACAGAUUGUGCAGCAAAAGCUUUUGAAGGCAGACUUGCAUGGAGCCAUCAUCACAGUGGUGCGCUCUAAAUGUCCGUCCUAUGUGGGAACUACAGGGAUUCUCAUGCAAGAAUUCAAACAUGUGUUCAAAAUCAUCACCAAAGAAGACCAGGUCAAAGUGAUCCCAAAGAGGAACAGUGUGUUUUCUGUAGAGAUGGACAGCUUUGUCUCACACAUCUAUGGAAACAAAAUGGAGUUCCGAGCCAGCGAACGUUCUGCCAAGAAGUUCAAAGUGAAAGGAACUAUAGACCUCUAAUGGCACCCAGCUCUGUCAUUCCUCCUUCCCCCUACUGGAUGAUAAAGGAACUGCACACAUGCCAAGCAUGCAACAGGGCAUAUACUCUAGUCUAUACAAACAGCUUGUGCAGAACUCUGUUCAAUUAAGCCCGUCGUUCAGGCUUCUACAGUUUUGAAUCAUCCAGAAUUUGAUCCUUUUUACUUUUAGAUGCAUUUGGAAAAAUAAAAAGCAAGAUUCUAAAAAUGUAAGCUUUUCUAAAGGAUAAUAAUCUGAAUUUCUGACAAAUGAAUCAGGUAUAUUUGUAUAGUACAUUUCAGCAGCAAGGCAGUUGAAAGUGCUUUAUAUCAUAAAAAUACAAAGUCACUGAGCACACAGUCAACAAUUGAAACAUAGCAUUUUGUCUAGCUUCAUUCAUUGUUUUAUAUGCAGCAGAUUCAUUUUCCACAGUGCAACUCAUUUUUAUGUUGUUUUUUUAAAUCAGUAAUAUAUUACCCAAAUAUAUGGAAAAUAAAAAAGCUCAAUUUCACAGCA